AUGGCAGGCGCUCCAAAGACAAAACCCAGCACUCACCGUACAGGUGAAGUGCGAGAAAACAAACACAACGUCGACAGUUUCACCACAGAUGGCCUAGACACCAUCGUCGAUGAGUCCAAAACGCUUCUAGAAAACGAAGCGGAUCUAAGAGCUCUCAGAGCUCGCUUUGAGCUCGCGAUCGCAGAAAAGGUCGCCUGUGGGAAUACCAAGGACGGGGUCAGUCUUAAGCUGACCCGGGAGGGGGGACAGCAGCGGGCACUGCUACUCAUAAAGGGCGAGAGCCGUUUUGAAGAACGGCGAUAUGAGAAGAUUUUGGCGGACUUGCAGGUCGCGCUGAGGGGCAUUGCCUCUGCAGUCACUGGCAAAGGAACUGAUGCCGCGAAGGAGAAGCUCAAGGUAAUAACUUUCGAAUGUUUUCGUGAAAGGUUGAACGCUAUUUUACCUCAAUUGGACAAACGAUUUGAUGAAGCUAUGGAUGAGCUGAAUGCGCUUAGUGCACGAGGAGCUGGAGUCGACGUCGAUCUCUUGCUGAAGCACGAAGCCGAUUUAAUCACCAGCUUACUCGAACUUGAGCGCGGAGUCUCCAGCAUUGUGAAAGGACAUAUCCAGAAACCCCACCUCGCAGAUAUUGUCCAAGAGGCAUUUACGAUAGUUACGGACGGAGCUUUGCAGCUCCGGUAUCUUUUUCAAGAUGACGAAGUGUUCGAUCGGUUAUUGACCCAUAUCGUUCUUCUUGCGAAGCCAAAAUUGAUUUUUAACACCUGUGUCAGAGCUGCCAGAAGUCUGGACGGAUUCUCAUCAUUGAGAAUCAGGCAUCAGAAGACAGCAAUGCCGCAAGGCUUGUCGCCCUUGGGGCAGAGCUCAAGAACCAACCCGGGUGCACCAUCGACCUACGGUAGCACGAUCCCAGAUCAUAACCGUGUCUUUUGGACUCUGAAUAGUCCGAGACAAAGUCAACGAGAAACUUUAGUGUAUGAAGAGCUCCCGGUGGGGUUAAUCCAAAAUAUGAGGUCACUUGUUAAACCUUUCCUCGAGGAAAAGGACAGACAUGCGGGAAUCUUCCGUAUAUUCCCAGUGGCAAAGCAGAAUGCGGUAAAACUCCUCGGUUACAUUCUACAAGGACUCAAUCCUCCACCUGAGGAAGAGGGCCAUUACGACGCCGGCUUCGUCCUAUGUCAAACCUCCCAGCAAGAGAAAAGCCUAGGGGACAUGUAUCAACACCUCUUCAAGAGAUGCGGAGAACGCACAGGAAAAGGAAGAGAACUGUUCACAAUGUUUUGGGUAUCCAUCCACAACAACGACCUUUUUACCAUCCUGGAUCGCUGUGGAUACUCCUACGUUCAGACCAUCAUCCCCGGCCUGAAACAGUUCCUGAAUACACACAAGGAACAGCGUCCAUCCGUUUACAGACUUGUUCAGUUUUUGAGGACUGAUAGCCUGAAGCCCUCGGAGUUGCUUUGUCAAGAUUACGGCUUCCGUAAUUGCAAAGCGAUGCACCACUACAUCGAGACAAUGAAAGAGACAUAUACGGAUGUCCUCAAAUUUGCAGCACCGCCCGACCUGCACAAAGCAGCACAAAUGCAUCGGCUUUUGGACUUCAUUCGGGAGAAUGGGGUGAAUGUGGAAGAAGGAAAUGAACGGCUGUUCAAGACCUUCGGUUGAAGGCUUGGCCUACGAUGUCAGUGAUGGAUGAAUGAGAUAGUAAACACUUUAUGAUUGGGAACGCAACUUCAAUGGUGGCAUACAUAUCGUCACCGACAAUACUGCUCUCCUGCUCACGGAGGAGGUUCCUGGAAUGAUAUCCAGAUUUACCGAGAUGGGGGUGGUAUCACGGAUAUAUCAUUCACACUGCUGCCGUAUACAGCAGUCUACGGAAGGUGCCCCUAUGCACGUACUUAGAAAUACCAUUGAUUUUCCUUCAUACUUUCGAUUCCACUACAUUCUGACUCCCAAUCUUACAAAACAAAACAUGAUAUAACUUUUCA